AUGGCCACCACAUUGACGCAUCAGCCCGCCUCGGCUGGCCCCGUGGCGACCGCCCCCUUCUCCACGGCCUGGUCAUCAAGAUAUCGAGGCACUACUCAUGCUACCCAAGGAGUCUCGAAGCUUUGCAAAUGUGUCGCUUCACACCAAUCGAACCUUCAGCUGACAGAAUCUCUCCUCUCGCAGGCCACAGUCGAAGAUCUUGACCCUCCCGCCGCCCUCUCUCUCAACCCGUCCGACGCAAUCUCCCUCGCCAUGAUGUCAGCCUUUGAGCGCGAGUACACACACCUCACCAUCGUCGACGCGGAAACCCGUGCCUUGCUCGGCUACAUCUCCAUCCCCCACCUGCAGUCCCUCCUGGAGGCCGGCCGCGUCCAGCCCAGCGACCCCCUCUCCGCCGCCAUGACACGGUUCCAGCGCAAAGGCCGCACCUAUCGGGUCAUCACCAUGCAGACUCCGCUGGAGGAGCUCGAGGCCUUUUUCCGCGGCGACAAGAACGACGGGACGUGGAAGGAAGAGUUUGCUGUCAUCACGGAUGAGAACCGGAGAUUUGUGCUGGGUGUGGCGACGGUGCAGGACCUGGAAGAGUUUGUCAAGAGGCGGCCUGCUUAA